GUUGCUCAAGUCUGCAUGGCCGAUCUUGGAGGACCUAAGUCCUAUCUGCAGUUCAGGUGGACCUCCAAGUUGAGUACCAGGCUCUUCUGUGGAGACCAUGACAGCAGGCUGUACUUCACCCAGCUAGUGGACGUGAACACUGUUCUGGGAGACAGGUGGCAGGAUACCAGGGUCUACGCACUCUUCAGGAAUGGCUGGGGUAUGAGUGCUGUAUGUGUCUACACCAUAGCAGAUAUUGACCGCAUCUUUAAAACUUCCAACUUCAAGGGACACACAGGGCCCGUUACAAACCCACGACCUGGGGAGUGUGUUAAAGACAGCACUAAACUCCCCAUAGAAGUCCUGAAGAUGGUGGACAAGCGUUCAGAGAUGGAGGAGUGGGUCACCAGUGGGCCUCUCCUGGUCACUCACCGCCAUUACCACCACAUCCGCAUGGAUAGAGUCCAAGGCAAAUGGAAUGUCCUGUUUCUGUCUCUAGAGAAUGGAGGGAUUCAUAAGGUUCUGGAGAGGGAUGGUCAGGCCUUCGUCAUCGCUGAGUUACAACCUUUUUACUACAGGGCACACGUCCUCAGUAUGAUGUUACACUCCUCAACGGCAAAGCUGUAUGUGGCCUCCAGCAAAGAGCUGGUUCAGAUUGGCCUGGGCAGCUGUGUUCAGUAUGGAGCCCAGUGUGAAGACUGUGUCUUGGCCAGAGACCCUUACUGUGGCUGGGACGGCCAUCGCUGCACCACAGCUACAAAUGAUACAAUUCAGGAUGUGGAGAAUGGGAACCAUCAGGUAUGCAGCAACAUAUCCAGAGGAUUUACUGCAAGUAAAGAUUACUUUCCAGGGUCAUCAGUUGGCGCUGAAGAUGGAAUCAGAGUCCCUCUAUCUUCAAAGUACUUCCUCCAUUGCCCAACCUUGUCCAGCCACGCUGAGUACAGCUGGAGGCACCAUGGCAACACCACAGCAACGCCGUGCAUCUCCACAAAGUCAGAGGACCAGUGUCUCCUGCUAAUAGAGAGCAUGGGCCCUGAGCAGCAGGGAACAUACAGCUGUGUGUCUGAGGAGAGGGGGCUACCGCAGGACCCUGGUGCAGUACCAGUUACAGCUGGACAGGGGGGUCACAGGCCUGGCCUCUCACCACCUACCCUUUCCUGGUCUGGGUCUGGUACUACUACUGGUCCUGACUUUGCUCUGCUAGCAUCAGCUCUAUGGACUAUCACCCCAGCCCUAUGA